AUGGCUGACGUCACGGCGCCACGAACGGGGCGGAGCCAAUCCUCCUCACGCGGCGUGACAAUAACCGCAUCGCGGAAGGCCAAGCCGCGCAACGCACCGUUCAAGUUUCUGCGCAAAGACGAGGGGCGGCUCUCCUACACCUGCCAGCCUGAAUCGCCGCUGACAGGAAGCAACAACCAUAACAACAGCAAUAUCAGCAACAACAAGGAAAGUCCGUCAAUGGAGCGAAGGGGGUCCCGGUCGCUGCGUGAGGCUAUUGCCAACGACAUGCGCAAGGGGAAGAACCAAGAUCCGUUCGAAACGGUUGUCAUUGCGGUUCCAAAACGUGCCCCGCCACCGAAUCCCGCCGCACGCGAAGAGCCACAUCCAACUCUUGACGCCGUGCAGUUGUCACAGCGUAGGCCGCCGUCGUCGCUGCAGACAACGAAGCGCCCUGACUGGGUGGACCCCGACAUCCCCGAGAAGAACGGGGAGCUGGUGGCCACCGCGAAGCCAACGCCAGCUCAGCAGUCGCAACCACCACCACCACCACAACAGCAGCAGCAGCAGCAGCAGUUGCGCAACUCCGACGAUGCGGAGAGGCCAGCGGAGCCAAUAGGGCAGCGGUUCAGUUCGAGCCGUAGCCACGGCACCCCGCGGCGGGACGAUGACUUCGAUGAUAUGGAGUGGCAACAGCGACGGCGGCGAGCGGACGAUCUGGAAAAUAGCGUGUCGCGUCGCCUUGCUCCCCGCCGCUACGCCGACCCCGGUGAGUUAGAAGACGAAUACCAGCGCAGCGGGCGCAACUUCUUCCGGCGCCCGCCACGCCAAGAAUACCGCCCGUCACGGGAGGAGGACGGCUUAGUUGACCAGCUAGAGGAUGAGCUGCGGGCUGCCAAGGAGGAGCGUGGGCGUUACCACCAGCUCAGGCAGCAGCUGGAGCGCGAGCGGCAGCGCUUUGAGGACUACCGAAACGGCGUCGAGCAGGAGAUUGAUGAUGAGCGCGCCGAACUGGACGCGGCGCGGGCGUCUGAUCAAUGGCAAGCCAGAAGGGACGCCAAGGUGGUGGAAGAGCGUUACAAGUCUACUCUGGAGCUACUUAAGACGGAACGCGAGUCGAACAAGAAGCUUACACAAGAGAAUGAGCUCCUCCGGCAGCAGCUGGAGGAUAUGACAACGCGCAUGCGGGAGACACAGAAGUUGCAGAAGGCGGAGACUGGCCGCCUGCGACGCGAGAUUGUCUCUCUGACACGUCGUAACGAGGAACUGCUGGAGAUGACGAGAGAGCAGCAGAUCGCGGCGCUGGAAAGCAGCAGCAAAAUGCAGCCGUCGGCACCGUCGUUGCAGAUCGGGUCUAGCGCGCGGGUACAGCAACCAAGCAGCGCUCCUAGCACGCGGCACAGUAGCGCUGAGGCCUACGAGUAUCCGGAUGAUCUACGGCCGGUAGGCGGCGUUGCCGAGAAGCAGCGCGCCGAUGCUGCGGAGGAGAGGGAACGCAAACGUGCAGAAGCUGCGGAGGAGAGGGAACGCAAACGUGCCGAAGCGGAGGAGCGACGACGCGCAGAGGCUGCGGAAAAGGAACGCAAACGUGCCGAAGCGGAGGAGCGACGACGCGCUGAGGCGGCUGAGAAGGAGGAGCGCAGGCGUCUUGAAGAGGAAGAGAGGGAACGUAAACGUAAAGAGCGUGAGGACGCUUCCCGUCGCCAGAGCGAAGAGCAGAAGCAACAGCAGCAGCGGCGACAGCAGCAGCAACAUGAGGAGGAGACUGACGGCAAGAUGCAGGAGCCGCGCAGUCAGAGGCGGGCUGCCGGCCACCCGGUUCUCACGCCACGCGCGCAGCACUCAAAGAUAACUGUGACCACCUCGCAGCGGCGGGUGUCGCCGUCAACUUCUUCCACCGCCGUCUCGCGCAAACCGCAGCGCACGCCGACGGCGGCGGAGUUGUUGGUCGACCAGGAUCCCACACCGGCGGAGGACUUCCCCAACGACGCCGUCGUGUCGCAGACGGCGCUGGGCGAGAACCCCAACAAGCGUGAGGUUUUGUACCGCAGCGGCAAGCGCGAGAUCCACUACGCAAAUGGGACGCGAAAGGUCAUCCUUCCCUCCGGCCACGUCGUGCUGUACUUCACCAAUGGUGACAUCAAGCGCACGUUCCCAUCAGGAAAGAGCUCGUACUGGUACGCCGCCGCGCAGACCACACACAUACAGUACGCGGAUGGCGUACAGGUGUUCCAGUUUCAUACCACUGGCCAGAUUGAGCGACAUCUGCCGGACGGCAAGAAGGAGAUUCUUUACCCUGACGGCAUCUACAAGGUUGUCUUUGCCGAUGGGCGCGAGGAGACGAUCUUCCCCGAUGAACUGUAA